AUGGCCCCAGCCAGACUCACAGAAGACCCUGUUCUCCGGCGCGAGCCUGCCACCCAGAGUCGCCAAUUCCAAAGCCAGAAACUCAAUGUUGAUCUUUGUGUCUGCGGCGGUGGCUUAUCGGGCACUAUUGCCGCCAUCGCAGCGGCGCGCAAUGGCGUGUCCGUGGUCCUCAUCCAGGAUCGACCCGUCCUGGGAGGCAAUGCCAGCAGCGAGGUUCGACUCUGGAUUCUGGGGGCGACCUCGCACAUGUUCAACAACAACCGCUACGCCAGAGAGGGUGCUCUUGUCGACGAGAUCCUGCUCGAGAACCUGUACAGAAACCCAGAAGGCAACCCAUUGAUCCUCGACACGGUCCUUCUCGAGAAAGUGCAGCAAGAGCCAAAUAUCCAGCUGUUUCUGAACACUGCGCUUGUUGGCUGCGAAAAGGACGGAGACAGAAUCGACCAGAUUCAAGCAUUCUCAUCGCAGUCUUCCCUUCUCUUCAACAUCAAGGCCCAGCAAUUCAUCGACUGCACAGGCGACGGCGCCCUGUCUUUCCUGGCUGGAGCUCCAUUCCGUGUGGGCGCAGAGCAGGAGGAUGAGUUUGGCGAGAAGUUCGCGCCAUCUUCAGAGUACGGACAUCUGCUAGGACACUCCAUCUACUUCUACACAAAAGACACUGGGCGCCCUGUCAAGUUUGUGGCCCCCGCAUACGCCUUGAAGGAUGUCGAGUCUGAGAUCCCGCGUUUCAAGAGCUUCACCACCAAAGAAAUGGGGUGCAGGCUGUGGUGGCUGGAGCAUGGCGGGCGCCUCGACACGGUGCAUGACACGGAGCAGAUCAAAUGGGAGCUCUGGAAAGUCGUGUAUGGCGUUUGGGAUUACUUCAAGAACUCGGGUCGCUUCCCCGAUGCCGAGAACCUGACGCUUGAAUGGGUCGGAACAAUCCCAGGAAAGCGAGAGAGCAGGCGAUUCAUGGGACCUACCAUCAUGACGCAGCAAGACGUGGUCGAGCAACGAUAUCACUCAGACGCUGUCUCCUUGGGCGGUUGGUCCCUGGACCUUCAUCCAGCAGAUGGUGUCUAUCAGAUCCCCUUCUCGUCCAUGAUCUGCUCGCAGACUCCUAACCUGAUGUACGGUGGGCGUACGCUAUCUGCUACGCAUGUCGCUUUUGCGUCGACCAGAGUCAUGGCCACAUGCGGCGCAAAUUCCAACGCUCUUGGCAUGGCAGCAGCUCUGUGUAAGAGAAAGGCCGUCGACCCUGCUCAACUACUGGUCAAGGACAACAUGAAGCUACUCCAGCAGGAGCUCAUGCGGUUCGGCCAAUACAUCCCAGGCUUCAAGCUCAAGGAUCCCGAGGACUUGACUCACCGAGCCCAUUUUCAAGGCAGCUCAGGAGAUUUUGAGCCUGCCAGCUUGCCAAACAAUGGACCUCCAAAAGUGCUCACCAGGAGCCUUGCCCAGAUGCUACCUUUGCCCGAAGGGCCCGUGCCCAUCAUAUCGGUGACAGCAAUGUCGGUGGAGAAGACGACACUGAAAGUACAGCUCCGCGGAUCCAAAAAGGCAUACAACUAUUCUCCUGAAGUCAUCCUCGGGGAAACGUCAUUCGAGCUUGCUCCUGGGGAGCACGAGCUGUCCAUCGACCUGCAAGUGAAGAACCCCCAGACACAAUACGUUUUCCUGUGCUUCAUGCAGAACGAGUCGGUGGCACUGUGCACGACUCAAACUCGUGUUUCCGCCCUCAUGACCGUCGAACACGAGUGCACUCAAGAACCGCCAGAUGAUGUGGGUGUCGACACCUUUGAGCGCUGGACACCCGUCAGAAGACCCAUGGGGCACAACCUCGCCUUGAGCAUCGACCCUCCACUCAAAGCAUGGUCCGUGGACAAUAUCCGUAACGGCGUGGCACGUCCCACUAAAAGGACGAACUGUUGGGUGCCGGUUCCUGAUAGCGAUGGCAGGAAGAUGCUGCAGUUGAACUGGGACCAGCCUGUCAAAAUUGGACGAGCUGUGGUGUCCUUUGACACUGACUUUGACCACGCUCUUGAAUCUGUUCUGCGGGGUCAUCCGGAGAGGAGCGUACCCUUUUGUGUCAAGAAGUGGCGUCUCAUUGAUCUCUCAGAGGAGGGACAAGAGAGUGUUCUAUACACAGAGGAUGACAAUCACCUUUCUCGAAGAGAGGCCGUCAUUGAAUCGGCACGAAUGGUAAGCAAGUUGGGUAUCGAGAUUAUAGAGCUCAACGGGGACACAAACUAUGAGGGAGGUAUCUUUGAGGUUCGUAUCUAUGACGAGUAG